AUGGACAAACCGUUAACCAUCCGCGGAGUGGGUCCACAGACAGUCAUUGCGCUGGACGGUACACGUAGUCCGGUUGCGUUCGUAAACAUGAACUCAUUCUCUCUGAUAGUCGACUCCUUCUCCAUCCUGGACACUAACAACAAUAUCACGUGCGUGUUUGCCGAUGGCAAAACGUACGACAGCGACGUUACUCAGCCGGUUGUAAACCACGUCGGUGUCCCUACAGUGGCUGGGCCGAAUAUCAUUCGCAAUACCAUGCACAUACAGCCGUGGGCCAGUAACAGGCACGUGCGUAGUGUCAACUACGGCUCGUGUACGUCAACACUCGACACAGAUGUGCUGGGUAUGCUGUGGCUGGAGAUUGACAUUCAGUGCUCAGUUACCAUUGGCUUUGCCGAGAUCUUGACAGGCUUAGACACCUGUAAUGUGUUUGUAGAGACCAUCGACGGCCGCACUGAGACACACGGUGCAAUUGAAGUGCAUGUAUCGGACCACUACCAACGCCCACUCUCCACCGAAGAAAUCAAGGCCCGGAAUGAAGCCGUGCGAUUAGAAGCCGAAAAAGCCGCCCAAGCUGCCAUUGAUGCUCUCCCCCAGAAUGUGCUGUAUCAUAUGAAUCUGAGCACUAUGACUUUGAGUGAGGCUAUGAAUAGUAUGCUGGCUGCAGGGUUUGACUACCGGUUUUCGCCUCAGAAUGAACCCAUCUACGACCGCAGAGGACUGCCCCUGUUUGUGUUCAAACAGGACGAGACAUAUGUCGUUGAUGUCAUGGGUCAAAACGCAGUCUCUGGUGACGUGGUGUACAAGGCCGACGGGGAGAUGUGUGAGAUGCUCAAGGGAGACGGCUCCCAAGCCACGGGUCCUCAGGGCAAUCUUCUUUAUCUGGACGCCUACUGGGGCAUGGCCACACUCACAACAACAGACUUCUCCGUCAACGACGAAACGGUUGCGGCGAUGCAGGCUGCAGAUUAUACGAGGCAUAAUAGCCCAGAUGGGGCCGCCUUGUUCGACGCCAGCGGCUCAGCACUAUUCCUAACGAGUGACAAUUUAGUCAUCAACACGCAGAUGAUUGAGCAGCGCAGAGGUGUGGUUGUGUAUGGCGUAGACAGACAGCCCAUUCACAAAAGCGAAGAAGGCGUUCAUCAGUACACGCCUGAGGGCUUGCCCAUUUAUCUGGAUGCGUACUGGCAGCCAGUGAUAGGAUCAAUUGCACCGCACAUGAUUGCUGAUGAAACUAUGGCUCAGCAGUUAGCCGACGGGUUCGUUCCGCUAAGUAGUCCCUACGGACAAGCCAUGUACGACGUCAAUGGAAGCGCACUAUUUCUGGAUCCCUCAGGGGCCAUUGUGAAUUCAAGGGGAUCCGUUUUGCCAUCGCGAGAGAUUGCGUAUGAUCUCCACGGCGCACCAAUCAGAGCGGUGGGAGACGACGGUGUUCCAAAAAUAGCAUCCAAUGGGGAUCCUUUAUUCAUAGACGCAUAUUUCCAAGAAAUUACGGGCAAGUACAUCCCGUUGGCAGAGCUACAGCUGGACGGACUUUCAUUGGACGAUGCCACGUCACUGCUCAUGGAGAAUGGGUUUACUCAUCGAGAUGAGCCGUCGACUAAUCAGAAGCUGUACACGCGCAGGGGUUACCCAUACUUCCUGGGGCCGUCAGAAGAGAUCGUUGAUGUGACAGGGAAGAAGGCGCCCAAAGGGUGGGUAGCAUACCUGGUAGACGGGACAAUGUGUGCAAAACCCGACGACUCAGGUGCACCCGGCAAUGGGACCACAUAUUUGGACGCCUAUUUGCAGGACGCCCUGGUGCCCAUGCCCGACUUCACAGUUAGCGAUGCGGUGGUAGAGACUCUUGCACAGGCGGGGUUUGAGCCAAAUCUGGGGUACAAGGGGAAAGCCUUGUUUACUUGCGAAGGACUGGGACUCUUCAAGGGCCCCACCGCUGUACUGGACACCACCGGCGCCACUGCCGUGGCUGGUGCUGUGGUGUGCUAUGCCGACGGGUCACCUGUACACACACUAGUGGAGGGCGAGCGCAGAGAUGUUAAGGAUGUGUAUUCGUAUAGCCCUGCCAUGCUACCCUUGUACAAGGACGCGUACUGGAACGACAUAGAGGCGUCUACAGCCCCUCCUCUAGUGCGUGGUGCGUUGUUAGAAGCAAUUACGAUGGCGGGCUACACAGCCGACAUUGGGCCUCACGGACAGCCACUCUACAACGCUAACGGGAGUAUACUUUUUCUCGCGCAGACAGGGGAGGUGGUCGAUCGCUUUGGCGUUCAACAGAGCAGAGGGCAGAAGGUGUAUGACAUAUACAAUGGGGACGUGCGACAGUUCGAUGAGGAUGGCACUCCGAGCGUUGACAUCCGGGGCAAUGCCUUAUUCCAGGAUGCAUACGGCCAAGCGGUCCCAAAUCAGUACGAGGGCUCACCUUUGCCCUCAGAAUUGGGUGUGGCUAAUAUGACUAUGGAUACCGCUGAGAGCACGUUGCUAAGCAACCAGUACUCCCACCGGUACUCUCCUGACGGCCAUCGAUUGUUCGACAGACUCGGCCGACCCUGGUUUAUAGACAUCGAUGAUGAUAUUGUGGACACGCGCGGCGAGACAGCUGCUGCUGGUGUUCCUGCCUAUCUGGAUAGUGGCAGCAUGUGCCCUAAACUAGACCCAGGAAAUAAUCUUCAGACUGAUGAUAAGGGACAAGUAUAUAUUGAUGCGUAUUGGUCUGCCGUCAGCGAUCCGAACGGGGACUGGACAAUUAACGAGGAAUCGGCGGCUGUGAUGGCCGGCAAUGGGUAUACGCCACACACAGGGCCCCAGGGAGAAGCCCUAUUUGACAGUGCGGGUUCCGCCUUGUUUAUGAACGCCGGCACCUUUGACGUGAUGAACAGCUACGGUACCAAAGCAGCCGCCGGUCAAAUCGUCUUCAACGCACACCACCUGCCCGUCAACAAGGUCGAGGGCUCGGACUGGGUGUACAAUAACGGGAUGCCGGUUUACAUCGAUGCGUUCUGGGCCGACGUUGUCAUGACAACGGAUACGCCAGUCAUCUCCGAGGCUCGCUUAGCAAAGCUGGAGGCGGCUGGGUUCAAGCCCGUGCGCAGUCAGAGUGGGUUGGCUAUGUACAGUGCCAGAGGUGCCCUGCUGCUUGUUGGUGCUGAGGGGGAGGUGUGUAUUAGUUCAACCGAUGUGUGCACUAAUUCCCGGGGAGGGGUGAAUUAG